AGGAAUAUCAGUUCCUAGUCAGAAAACCCCAGCAUCCUACCGGAAUUAUUACCUAGCAAUUGUUUAGUUUUUUUUAUCAGUGUAUUGAAGGACUGUAGAAAGAUUGCGGAUUUCUAAAGCAUUUCAGGGAUUACUCAGAGCAUUUUUUAUCGUUCCGAAAACCACCAUUUCCGAAACUGAGGAGAAACAAUUUUGAACUCGAGCCUUUUGCGGAAAUUACGUAACGAAAAAGCUGAUUUUACUCACAUAACUGAGAGAGAUAAAAAAAAGUUAUUUUUUGAAGAUUUCAAGUGAAUGAAACACAUUUGCGUUUGAUGAAUUUUGAUUGAAUUAAGAAUGCAUAUUCUCGGCUGAUUUACAAAGAAUGAAAAAUAUCUAUUCUUGAUGACUUAAGUAAAUGGAAAAUAUUUAAUUUUUGACAAAAUCAAAAUCGAAGAAUUGCCUGCGAAGGAAACGACUGUUGAUUGCUUAAAGUCUGGAAGUAUAUAAUUUAGAUUCAAACGUAACUGACAAAAUGAACUUUUCUCCCACUAUUAGAUGCAUUGCGGUUUGCUCAUUUCUUAUCAAUGUUUCUGGAUAUCGUUCAGUUAAUAUUUUAAAUGAAAAUUCAAAAAUAUCUAGAAUUAAUGAAGAAAUUAACUCUAAUAAGAGUUUAAAAUGUGAAACACGUGAAUUUGGUGUUGGUGAUAUUCGAUUCUUGGAAAAUGGUGACGCGUUUUUAGAAGUAGUCAAUAGGACCAUGUCAGCAACGGAAUACCUGCUUAAAAAAGGAAAAUUCCACAUUUGUCGUGCUGUAUGGGAAACAUUUCAAAGAGAGAUCUUGCAAAGCUGUCCAAAAUGGGACUAUGAACCUCAAGAAUACACAAUACUUCCUAAUGGCUCAGUACAGCUUUUCAAUGAAAUACUAGAGAAUGGUACAUACGAAUUUGUGAACGGUAGAUUAUUUACGUGUGUUUUAGAUUAUGAUACUUCAGAUGACAAUGUAUCAAUAACGAACCAUUUUCCAAUUGAGCCCAUGGAAAACGAGGGUCCAUCUGUAUAUAUAGGAAAAAUUGGAUCAGCUGUAUCUAUCGUCGCCUUGCUGAUUCAUUUGCUCACAUUUUGCAUUGUACCUGCCCUACGAAACUUGCCUGGCUACAACUUAUGCUCUCUGAGUAUUGCAUUCCUAUUCGGUUACUCUUUCUUACUAAUCGGACAAAUACAUGAAGUUUUGGGUGCCGCUUGCAUUGCGAGUGCAGUAUUGCAACAAUACUUUUUUCUUGCUGCCUUCUUUUGCAUGAACGUUAUGGCCUUUGAUAUAUGGAGAAUAAUGAGAAUGGCAACGCAGAAAUUGCUAGUAAGCUCCCGUAUAGUCAAGAAAAGACAGUUCUUGUGGUACUCUUUAUACGCUUGGGGUGCACCAUUAAUUAUUGUCAUUAUAAGCGUUGUGCUUGAUUUUUCAAAAAAUAUUCCCGAUGCUAUUAAACCAUACUAUGGAAGAGGUGAUACUUGUUGGAUGACCAACAGUUCCGCAAAAACUAUAUUCUUCUCUGUUCCAUCCUUCAGUCUUAUCACGGUGAAUGGAAUAUUUUUUGUGCUGAGCGCAGCUAUGAUAAAAAAGAAUACAAUGAAGAAUCCAAACGAUAGACAGGUUUAUAAAGAGAGGAUCAACUUUAUACUUUACGUGAGGUUAGGCUUAAUGAUAGGUAUUACUUGGAUGACUGGAGUUAUCGCAGCAAUCUCUAAAAGCUAUGUUGUUUGGAUAAUAUUCGACGUGCUGAACUCUUUGCAAGGACUAUUCCUUUUCCUGCUUUUCACGUGCUCUAAGAAAGUGUACAAACAUUUUAGAAAAAUGACUUCUGAUAAAAAUACGCUAACGUCUUCAUCAGAUAAACUUACCACAUCAUCAUCUACUGCAUCAAAAUUUGAAAGCACAAGUUUUGCAUAUAGGAACACCUGAGCAAAGUGGCAUAAUAAAAUUAGUUUGGAACACUUCCUAUCAAACCGUACACAACAAUGACUUUUCUGUGACAGAACAGAAUAUAUGAACAUAAAAUUAACUUUCUUUUCCGUGCAAAUCAUGGAAAUAUGCGUGGAAUUUUCUAGAAUUUAUUUGUUUGAAACUUCUGUACAGUUCGUAUUUAUCAUGGCAUUUCUUUGUAAAUAUGAUAUCAUGUUCCUAAUUUUUCAGAAAAAGUAUAAAUACAGUAUUACGACCACUUUCUUUUUUUUAAGGAUUACGAAACCUGGAUAAUUGGUAGGUUGGAAUUUCCUUAUUCAGUUCUUCGUUGAGAUUAUGAGAACUGAAUUUGAAGUAAAAAGGCGGGAAAAGAAGUUUUUGUUAAUCUUUUUGCUUCGAGAAAAGCAAGAAUGAAACAAAUAACUUACUUAAAACAUAAGAUAAAUAAAUUAGGAUAAGAUCUUUUGUAAUACUUUAUAUGUAAAUGAAGAUAAAAGACUGACUGCAAACAGUGCAUAUUUGUAGGAAGCGUAAAAAACGACUUUUAUCACUCUCCAUAUUUUGUUUGUUGUUAAGGUUGUAAUAGUACUUACAAUAUUUAUAAUUUUGUGAAAUGUAUAAAAUCAUGAUUAUUUAUAGUUUACUACAAAAUUUAAAAUCGUGACUAUUUACAGUGUUAUGUAAUAUUUGCAAUUACAUUUAUUGGCAGUUUCAUGUAGUGGAAUGAAAGUGGAAAGCUUGCAUAUGAACGGCUGAAUAUUUUUGUAAGAAAACGUAUAGAGGUUUUCGAGUAUCUCUUUGUACUUUUUUUUCUUUUUAUUAUAGAAAUAUUUGCCACGCUUACAAUAUUUAUGAUUACAGAUAUUAAUAGUAUUAUGCAAUGGAAUGAAAGUGUAAUUUGAACCUUCAGUUUUUAAAAUUUUUAUUUAGGUAUUACAGUAUCGCAUUAUAAAUGCAGCAAAUGUGUAACAUUUAAACAUUGCAUACGAUGUUAGCCCAAAUGCUCAAUUGGAAUCAUUGUUUUAAGAUACGUUAUUCUGACAUUCAUCUGUAUAAGAAUCAUUAAAAGAUACUUUCUUUGCUUA